UGAGGACCAAUGACACGGCAAAAACCAUAUGCUUCUAUCCCUGAUUGCCCAUAGAUUUUAAGUCUAAGACUUAUAUAUUAGAAGGAAAGAGAGGUUUUUGUUGUUUUUUUAAAGAAAAGAUGGAGUCCAUAGGGUGUCACACAUCUGAAGUCCCAGUUCAAGAACCUGGGACCAAUCUGUACCCUGAGGCAGUUUUAAGGACUACAGGAAAGAGUCCACAUGCUGAGGCAGACCCAACCAUAAAUGUCUCGUCACCCGUACAUAAAGCGAACACACAGACAUUUAAAGUUUCAGACUUGAAGUUAGCAGAAGACUGAAAAUUUCACUGCCUUCAGGUCUGCAGACAUCAACAAGUUUAAGGGACUAUUCACCAUCCGUAUCAGCUCUCUGAUGCAGACAGAGAAAGCAACUGUGACCGUCUUCCUUACACUCCAAAAGCCGCAAAAGCACACUCCGAACUGCGGCUCUCCGCACCCCCGGUCACACCGCUGCGCCUGCCCGGCUCCUCCCGCAGCACCCUUCUGCCACCGCUCUCGGCACAGCACCCGGUCACGGCCCCGGGCCGGGGAGCUGCCGCCUGCUGCCGGCGUGAGCCCAGCCUCCGACGCCUGCGCUAGAGAAAGGAAGCAACAAAGGCACCCUUGGGUUGUUCCACGAACACUUACGUCUUUCUGGCACCUCUCUUCUAGGUUCUUGAUAUCUCCUGACAGCAAAACCAACGCGCACAAGAAGUUUACCAUGUCAAACGUUUCACAAUGCUAUAUCAAGACAGAAAUGGAACCUUUUACCUAUUUUUACUACUUAAUUUUUCUAAUGGGUUUUCUGGGGAGUUGUUUUGCACUAUGGGCAUUCACACAAAAAGGUCAAAAACAGAAGUGUAUGAGCAUCUACUUAACUAACCUCUUAACGGCAGACUUUCUGUUGACUUUGGCAUUGCCAGUGAAGAUAAUUGUUGACCUAGGAGUUGCAUCCUGGAAACUGAGAAUAUUCCACUGUCAAGUUACAGCCUGUUUCAUCUACCUGAACAUGUAUUUAUCAAUUAUAUUCUUGGGAUUUGUAAGCAUGGACCGUUGCCUUCAGCUAAUGCACAGUUGUAAGAUCUACCGCAUUCAAGAGCCUGGAUUUGCCAAGAUGUUGUCUGCAGUUGUAUGGACAAUGGUUCUCCUUAUAACAGUGCCUAACAUGGCUAUUCCAAUAAAAACCAUUGAAGAAAGGCCUAAUGCAGGGUGCAUUGAUUUCAAAACAAAAUUUGGAAGAGACUGGCACGUGUUUACAAAUUUUGUAUGUACAGCAAUAUUCCUGAACUUUUCAGCUGUGAUACUGAUUUCCAAUUUCCUUGUUGUUAGACAACUCUACAGAAACAAAUACAGUGAGAGUUACGCGAAUGUGAAGAAGGCCCUGAUCAACAUAUUGCUUGUAACAGCAGGCUACAUACUGUGUUUUGUUCCAUACCACAUCGUUCGCAUUCCCUACACUUUGAGCCAGAAUGAUGCCAUAACCAACUGCUCUCUGAAGCAAAGACUCUUUCAAGCAAAAGAAUCUACCUUGCUGUUUGCAGUAUCAAACCUCUGUUUUGACCCUAUUCUGUAUUAUCACCUUUCCAAUUCAUUCAAAUUGAAAGUUACUGAGACUUUCAUAGCACCCAAAGAGACAAAGGCUUUCACAGAUGAAGAGCCAGAACACAGAAACAAACAGCAGGUGCAGACAUACGGAUUCUGAACUACAUGGAAACUGUGUGCAAAUACAGGAUAUAAACAGCGAUUGUGCAAUUAGAAGCAUGGCUACUAGGGUCAACAACAUUAUUGUUGAAUCAUAAGCCCAAGCAGAAGGAAAAAACUUGAAUGACAGUACUAGUUGCUUUGUUAUACAUUCACAUGGUAGGUCUGAACUAGCAGAACAUUUGACACUGCUUUUCAGAAAUAUUUCAAUGUACCAGUGACAACCUAUGAAGAAUCAGCAACAUUUCAGAAUAUUUUUUUCAUACUCAAAUAUACAUUCUAAUUAUUUACAGUAAACACCUGAACUCACCCUACGUAAAAUAUUGCAUGCUAUAUUAAAUGACUUGGUGCAAUGAAGUAAAGAUUUUUUUUAAAAAGGAGUUCAUUACCUGCACAGCUCUUCAUAGAUAAAAUUAACCUAAAAGCAUUUUAAAGAGUAUUACUUAUUCUAGAAAGCAAUUUUAAGCUGAACUGUUUAGAAAAUACUGUAUUCGCUUAAGUUUCACCUGCAGUUUUCAUAAAUAAAGUUCUUGUUCUUAUCAA